AUGCUUUACGAGCUCAUAGCGGUGGUCCGACCGGGCAAUCUCAACAAUGUCAAAGAGAUCGCGCGUGUCGCUGGCCAGCAAAUCCUCGCCUCCAACGGCGUCAUCCGUGGCAUGAAGAACUGGGGACAAUUCGACCUCCCUCGUCCCACGACGAAACAUCAGACUCAGCACCGACAGGGCCACUACUUCGUGAUGCAAUUCGACGCUUCCGUGAAGGCGCAGCAAGAUGUCCGACGCUUCCUGAGUCUCGAUCCAAGAAUGAUCCGAUUCAGCAUGGUCAAGAUCGGCGACAAAUUGGGCGGUGUGAACGGCGCGAUUGAAGAUGUGGACGGCCAGAUGCCCUGGAAUGAAGUGAAGAACGAGUCUGUUUUUGCCAACCCAAGAGUAGGGGGCUUGCACGCUUUUCGAUAG